AUGUUGGAGCUUGAAGUUUGUGAUAUUGCAUUGUCUCAUGACAAUAAUAAGUCUGUGAACUUGUCAAACAGAGCAUCUACAUCAUCAAAUAGGAAUUCGUGGUUGGAGGUUGAAGAAGAGAAAUUUGAAGGUGGAAUUGUUGAAUUUCGUAAUGCAUUGUCAAAGUUUUCUAUUGAGUGUGGAUUUGGGUUCAUAUUUGUUACGAAUGAUAAAGUUCAUGUUACCGCACAAUGUUUGUUUGAAGAGAUAAAAGGUUGUAUGUGGAAUGUUCAUGGUAGAGUGAAGAAUGCUAAUGGGUUCUUUUAUAUAAAGAAGCUCAACAAUGUCCACACAUGUGGUACUAAAGUAAGUACAAUGAAUCAUUCUCAUAUGAGUUUUGAUUUAGUUGCUGAUUUGAUUGUUGAACGUGUUCGUGAUAAUCUAUUGACAUAUCCAAUUCAUGUUGUUCGGGAUUUUAAGUUGGGGUAUGGGUUGAGAGUUAGUUAUCGUCAAGCUUGGAUGGAGGUAGAGAAAGCAAAUGGUGAUAUUUUUGGAGACUACUUAAUGUCAUUUGACCAGUUAAGAUGGUAUAUUGAUGUUGCAAAGAGUUGCAAUCUAGGGACUUACAUUGACUUUGAGUGUGACGAUGAUACUAAACGGUUUAAGAGAUUAUUUGUUCCUUUUCAUGGUUCCAUUAGUGGAUUUGAUUAUUAUCGACCUCUCUUGUUCCUUGAUGGCUCAUUUUUGAAGAGAAGAUUUAAAGGAAAUUUACUUACCGCUACAGGAAAAGAUGGAAAUCAAGAGAAUCAAGACAACUGGCGUUGGUUUUUGGAGCAUUUGAGUACAAUUGUUUCACUAGAACGAGAUAUUAUAUUCGUGUCAGAUCAUAACCUUAGAUUAGUUGAAGUUUUGUCAAAGGUUUUCCCAAUGGCUUUUCAUGCUUAUUGUUUAUAUCAUUUGAAGAUGAACUUGAGGCAUCAUUUGCGCGGUAUGUUUCUUGGAUUGAAAGAAAAGCUAAUCACUUUGUUUGGGAAAUGUGCAUAUGCUCCAACUGAAGAAACAUUUCAUCAAUGUUUGGUUGAGUUAAAGAUUGAAGGUGGGUCAAAAGUUGAAAAGUUUUUAGAUGACAUACCAUAUGAUCAUUGGAGUAAUGUAUAUUUUCGAGGGCAAUGCUUUGGAGAGAUGUGGUCGAAUGUAGCUGAAUCUUUCAAUUCGUGGAUACGGGAGGAACGCCAUUUGCCUAUCACAAAGUUGAUUGAUAGUAUAAGAAUUAAGUUAAUGAGGAAAAUCACUAAGAGGAGGGAGCUUGUUAAUAAAUGGAAUGAUGUGAUAUGCCCCAAAAUGGAGUCCAAGUUGCAUGAUGCUUUUAAUACUUCGAGGCCAUGGAUUGUUAGUUCAUCUGGGAAUGAUGUUUAUGAGGUGCAUUCACAUUUAUCUGUUUCAGUUGACAUUAGUAGACGAAUAUGUUCUUGUGGUGAGUGCCAGUUGAAAGGUUUUCCAUGUGUAUAUGGAGUUGGUGCUGUUGGAGAAAAAUGGAAGCAACCAGGAAGGCCAAAUAAGAAGAGGAUUCGUUCCAAUGGUGAAAAAGUAAGGCAAAUUACUUGUGGUAGAUGUGGGAAGGUUGGCAAUCAUAAUAAGAAAUCGUGUAAGGAGGCUUUGUGA